AUGAUGUUCACAGCGAAGCGAUCGAUGCAAAACAUCAGAAACGUGGCAGUUGUCGGGUCGGGGAUCAUGGGAUCCGGAAUCGCUCAAGUCUCGGCGAGCAGCGGAUUCAAUGUGACGUUGACCGACACGCGGAAGGAAUCACUCGACGGGGCUAUGAAGUCGAUCAAUAAAAGCUUGACACGUAUCGCUAAGAAGCAAACAGGGCUUAAUCAGGUGAGAAGCCCAGAAUAACGAAUGAGGAUCACGCACUUUUUUCAGGCCAACUCGGACUACGUUGCUUUGACGAUGUCUCGCAUCAAAACGAGCGAUAACGUGUCUUCCGCAGUCGCCGACGCCGAUCUGAUCAUCGAGGCAGUCAUCGAAGACAGAAAUGUGAAGAAGGGACUGUUUGCGCAGAUUCAGCAGUCCGCCAAAUCGACUGCCAUCCUCACCACCAACACCUCUUCUCUGCGCCUCGAGGACAUUUCGAAGGGUUGUCCCGACAAGAGCCGCUUCGGCGGAUUGCACUUUUUCAAUCCGGUCCCGGUGAUGAAGCUGCUCGAAGUGGUCCGCACGGAGCACACUUCUGAUGAGACGUUCGCCACAUUGAUUAAGUACGGCAAAGCGAUCGGAAAAACGACAGUCGCGUGCAAAGACAGUCCCGGAUUCAUCGUCAAUCGACUGCUCAUCCCGUACUUGUUUGAAGCCGUCAAAAUGUACGAAAGGGAGGAUGCUUCUAUGACGGUACUUUACUUUCCAAUUUCCCUAUUGCUACUGAACGGUCUCUUUGCAGGAUAUCGACGCGGCAAUGAAACUGGGAGCCGGAUAUCCGAUGGGACCGUUCGAAUUGGCCGACUACGUUGGAUUAGACACUUGCAAGUACAUAAUGGACGGAUGGGCGGCCAAAUACCCGGAAAACCAGCAGUUCAUGCCGAGUCCGCUAAUUGACAAAUUAGUCGCCGAGGGGAAGUGGGGACGGAAGACUGGAGAGGGAUUCUACUCGUACAAGAAGAACAAAUGA